UCUGUUAAAACUUAAAAGUGACAGUUGUGAGUUGAAACUUAAAAAGUUUUUUUUUAAAUACGUCAGCGAAGUAUUUUCUUACUUCUUUGAAAUUAGUAUAAUAUAAGAAGCAAUCAACUUUGUACUGUAUGUAGGCACUACGAACCAUGGAUGUCUUAAUAGAUCGGGUCGCCAACUGUGCCUCCACAGACAUCCGUUUUAAAAACCAGUCCCGCGAUGAACCCGAGCUUUCCCUGGACGACAAACGCCAGAUCGUCGCCGAUCUCCUCACCAAAUCUCCAGCGCAAUUCCUCUUCCGUUUUGGCCCUGCUCUAGAGCCCCCCGAUCUGGUAUAUUUUGAGCAGUUUUCUGUGGAUCCCGCCGUCCAGAUUCAUCUCCACGAUCUCCGUGAACAUUUUGACACAAAACACCAGAAACUCCUAACGAAGAAUCGCCGUUUCGCCGCUCUUCCCCGUCUGCAAGCCGCGGGUUAUUUUGACGAAGCCGAGAUGCAGAAGCGUGAUCCCUUGCUUUAUGAAGAGUUAGUGGAGAAAUAUCUGAAUCCGGAGGAGAAACGUGCAAGGGAGAAGGCGCGAAAAUCCACGGGAACUGAUCAUCCCUUCGCGGAUAUCCUCAUGGAAUCCCUGAUUGAGACACCGCGAACGGAGGAGUUUCUCGUCCGGCAGAAGGAAUACGAAGCCCAUCAGACGGAGGAGACAGACUCCGACGAGGAAGAAGAGGAGGCGGUCCCCGAAGAUCCCCUGGAUGAUCGGGAAAAGGAGGUGCUACGGGAAGAGUUUCGCCAUAUUAUGGAGGAACGGUUUCUGGAGGGGCGGGAUGGCGAUUACGUGGACUAUGCGCAAAUUGAUCGGGAUGAGCGACUGGACGUGGCCGUCCGGGAAUUGUGGCGGGAUGAAGAGGAUCGGUACUUCGACGAGGAGGAGCCCUCGGAUACCAUUGAGAAUGGAGUGGAAAAGCUGCGGAUCGGUGAAGACAAGGACGAUGAUCUGGAUUAUUAAGGAGACAAGAGAUUCUUACAGUUUCGUGCAAAUGAAGCGUUGAUAUUAAAUUGAUGGACGUUUUGUCGCAAACAUUUCGAAGCAGGAUGUCACCCAAGAAUAUGGUUUUGGUACGGCGAUUUGUCCGGAAGAAUUGUUUCAAAAUUUUUGAAGCCGAUUGUGGAGUUCAAAAAGCGGUUGUUAUUUUUCCCCCAGUUAAAAGCAUGUGGUUGUUUUUCAAAUCGGUUGGCUGUUUCAGCCUUCCAAAUAAAUUUCUGUGAUACGUUCGUUUACGUUCUUUCUGUAUUCCGGUCAUUGUUAAUAAGCGAUUUAUGGACCGAAAUUUGUUGUCAGAAGUAAAUUUGAUUCUGCUGUUGA